AUGAAAGCUAUAGGAACUGUUGAUAUUCCUCCAGAUACAUUGUCCGCAAUACGUGAUUUUGAGCACAAUACAACACUUCGUGCCAUUAAACUUACAAUUCAAACCGAUAAACUUGUAAUUGCAGAAAAAAUUAACUCUCAAGGCAGUCCACAAAGCGAUUUCAACGGUCUCACCAGCCAUAUGAAUAAAGCAGAACCAUGUUUCACACUUGUUCACGUUCCAAAGACAGGUGGACACGCUGGAAAUGUACUUGUCAUAUUUAUUCCAAUGGCAUGCCCACUCCGUACCAGAACAGCCUAUGUUCAAUCAAGAUCAUCUAUCGAGAAAAAGCUCAAGAGUACAAUUACAUCAGGAUUAGACUCUUAUUUCAUUGAUGAUCUUAAGGACUUUAACUAUUCCGACUUUGAAAAGCAGAAUACUAAAGAUGAUGCUGCUCUAUCACCUGAAGAAAGGAUUGAGAAGCAAGCACUUCAUGAUGCAAUCCAAGAAUCAAAGCAUCCAGAAAAGAAAGAUGCAUUCACAUGGAAAUGUGAUGCACAACUUACAGCAACCUUAAAGAAGCUAGCUACAAAGGUAGGACCAAAGAUUGUCGCUGGAAUGUGCGAACCAACAGGAAAUGGCCUGAAAUUAUGUGGAACAGGUAAUUCAUUGAAGGAUAUCAAGACUGAUGGAGCUAGAUACAUCGCUAUGCAUUACCAGAAACCAGGAAAAGAAGGCUUUUGCUUCAUCUUAUUCUGCUCUGACUCUGCAAAGCCACGUGAGAAGAUGAUGGCUUCAACUUGCAAGCAGUCGUUUAUCAGUGGAUGCAAGAGUUGCGGAAUUGAAUUCAAUCAACAGAUUGAAUUGAGAGAACUCUCUGAAUUUAAUGAUGCCAAUGUCGAAAGGCAUAUUAAAUGA